UUCCCGAAUGCAUAUAUAAACAACCCAUUAAUCUGAAUUCCUUUCUUUCAUCAACAACUUCCUUUCACCACACACCCCCACACACACACACACACAUAAACUAUAUCAACAAUGUCCGACGCUGCCAGGCAAUCUUUCACCGACAAGGCCGGAGCCGCCUUGAAGCCCGACUCUGAGAAGUCUUACGUCGAGCAGGCUGGUGACACCAUCAAGGGCAAGGCUGACUCUGCCGCCUCUACCGGCCAGCCCCAAUCCGAGAAGUCUUAUACUCAGGAGAUUGGUGACGCCGUCUCUGGUAACAAGAACGACAACCAGUCUUCUAUUGCCGACAAGGCCAAGAACCUCUUCAACCAAUAAUCGGUUGGAGGUCUAGGAGAAUAGGAAACAGGGAAAGAAGUUAUGUUUGUAGCCAGUAUGAUGUAUCAUCUGUUUUGAAC